AUGUCUUCAACUCCUUUGUUCACUCCUUUUACUGGAGAAUCGACAGGAGAUCCUCUUUUGUUCGAGACUUACAAACCUAAGAUCAAAGCAUACCGAGAUGCAUUAGCUGCUGGUAUUUUAGAUGAAUAUAAGUUACCUGAGGAGUUUGUUCCUAGGCUGUCGGGUGCCGAUGUUAGACAAAUCCCUAAGAAAGUCCUUACAUCUGCUGAAUAUGAGAUCACAGAAUCUUCAGGAACAGCAUUGGCUAAAAAGUUGGCUACGGGUGAAUUGAAAGCUGUCGAAGUGUUUAAAGCUUUUGCAAAGAGAGCCACUAUAGCUCAUCAACUAACGAAUUGUGCAAUGCAGUUAUUCACUGCCGAAGGUUUGCAGAGAGCUCAAGAUUUGGACGAAUAUUUCACCAGGACAGGUAAAACCGUUGGCCCAUUGCAUGGAUUGCCUGUUUCUUUGAAAGAACACUAUAAUUAUAAAGGGAAGGUGACCCAUGCGGGAUAUGCUGUGUGGACAGAUAGAGUUACUGACAACUGGGCAUUGUCUGUUAAGUUAUUGUUGGAUGCAGGUGCAGUUUUUUAUAUCAGGACUACCGAGCCUCAAUCUCUAAUGCAUCUUUGUUCCAAAAACAAUAUCACCGGAUGUGCCAAGAAUCCUGCCAACACUUCAUUGACUACUGGUGGUUCGUCUUCUGGUGAGGGUGCAUUAGCAGGUAUGAAAGGUUCUGUGUUUGGAUUGGGUUCUGAUAUUGGAGGUUCCAUUCGUUGUCCAGCUGGUUUCUGUGGUGCUUGGGGUUUCAGACCUACUCAGAAACGUUUGUCUAUGAGAAAUGUGGCAUCGGCUUGUACAGGUAUGCAAGAAGGUGUAUGUUGCGUUCUUGGGCCAUUGGCCCAUUGUGCCGACGAUGUCGAUCUUUUUAUGAGCAGUAUCAUUGGUGGAGAACCCUGGAAGAAUGAUGCCACUGUAAUUCCGUUGCCUUGGAGAAAAGUUUCCGAGCCAAGCAUUAAAGAUUUAACCAUUGCCGUUUGCUAUGACGACGGCGUUGUUAAGCCAACGACUCCAAUUGUAAGAGGUUUGAGAGUUGCUGCUGAUAAGCUAAAGAAUGCGGGAGCUACUGUUGUUGAAUGGAAUCCUAUCGAGGUAAAAAAACUUGUGGCCACUUGUGGUUCCAUGUACAAUGCAGAUUCAGGUGCGGACCAAUUAAGUGUACUAAAAGCUUCUGGAGAGCCACUGGCUGAGUUGACCAAAGUGGCCCUAAGUUUUGGAUGCGGCACAAAAGGUGUCAGUGCUGCGGACUAUGAAAAGUUGGCACUAACUAGAGACAUAUAUAGAGACAAGUACCAAGAUGUGAUGAACGAAAAGGGUAUUAAUUUUAUCUUAUCGCCGGUCUACGUUUCUGUGGCUGCAAAGCCAGAGACUGUUCAUUACUGGGGUUACACUAGUCUUUGGAAUAUUUUAGACUUACCCAAUAUGGUUUUUCCCACCGGGCUUGAAUGCGACCCGGCAUUGGAUAUUCCUGAUAAGAAAUACACUCCUAGAAGUGACGUUGAAGCUUAUGAGUAUGCAUUGUACGAUGAUGCCGAGAAUUUUAAGGGAGCACCUAUCGGUCUUCAAUUGACCGGAAGAAGAUGGUUUGAUGAGGAAUUGGUUAAGGCAUCAAAAGUUGUUCAGGAGGUGAUUGAGAAAUAA